CUCCCCGCCCCUCCCGGAGCCUGCGGGGGUCGCGGCAAGGCCGCAGGGCGCAGCCGCCGUAGGGUCGCGGGGCUGGGAUGCGCCGCUCCCGCCGCGGGGCCGCACCAUGGACACCAGGCGGGCCGAGAUCCCCGGCGGCGUCCUGGACGACCUCUGCAGCCGAUUUAUUUUGCAUAUUCCCAGCGAGGAAAGAGACAAUGCUAUCCGAGUGUGUUUUCAGAUUGAACUUGCCCAUUGGUUUUACUUGGAUUUCUACAUGCAGAACACACCAGGAUUACCUCAGUGUGGGAUAAGAGACUUUGCUAAAGCUGUCUUCAGUCAUUGCCCAUUUUUGCUGCCUCAAGGUGAAGAUGUGGAAAAAGUUUUGGAUGAAUGGAAGGAAUAUAAAAUGGGAGUACCAACGUACGGUGCAAUUAUUCUUGAUGAAACACUUGAAAAUGUACUGCUGGUUCAGGGAUACUUAGCGAAAUCAGGCUGGGGGUUCCCGAAGGGGAAGGUCAACAAGGAGGAAGCUCCUCAUGACUGCGCUGCCCGGGAGGUAUUUGAAGAAACUGGUUUUGAUAUCAAAGAUUAUAUUUGUAAGGAUGAUUACAUAGAACUUCGAAUCAAUGACCAGCUUGCUCGUUUGUACAUCAUUCCAGGAAUUCCAAAAGACACAAAAUUUAACCCGAAGACCAGAAGAGAAAUUCGGAACAUUGAGUGGUUCUCUAUUGAGAAACUGCCCUGUCAUAGAAAUGAUAUGACCCCUAAAUCAAAACUUGGUUUGGCACCCAACAAAUUUUUUAUGGCCAUUCCUUUUAUCAGGCCCCUAAGAGACUGGCUUUCUCGAAGAUUUGGAGAUUCUUCAGACAGUGACAAUGGAUUUUCCUCGACUGGCAGCACACCAGCUAAACCCACUGUGGAAAAGUUAAGUCGAACCAAGUUCCGGCUCAGCCAGCAGCUGUUUCCCGAAGGUUCUCCUGGUGAGCAGUGGGUGAAGCCCAGGCAGCUACUGCAGCAAAAGCCAUAUAAUAGUCAUGCGGAAACAGCUGACCUUUCAAAAGCAAAGACUCAAAGUAUGAGGGGAAAUGGCAGAAAACAGUACCAAGACUCACCUAAUCAGAAGAAAAGAACCAAUGGACUCCACUGUCAGCCAGCCAAGCUGCAGAGCCCCCUGCUGAAAUGUGAAAAAAAACUUCAUCCUCGAAAGCUUCAGGAUAAUUUUGAGACAGAUCCUGUUUUUGACUCACCUUGUUCUGGUGAAGACCAGUUUCUUGAUCAAGCUGAAGGACAGUCCUCCACGGCCUGUAACGGACAUUGCAGGUUUCCUUUUUCAUCCAGAACCUUUCUGAGCUUCAAGUUUGAUCAUAACGCUAUAAUGAAGAUCCUGGACCUUUGAUGCUGCAGUGGCAACCCAGGAGCAGAGACCUUUUGCAUUUGAGUGGGUGUCUCUUUGAGCCUUACCUUUCUCAGGUGUUUGAAAAAAUGCAGGGAGGUAAUGAUGUUUCUAAAGGGGAGAGAGUAGAAAGAAAUAUGCAUUUACACUGUAAAUGCUGCAGUUACAAGCUUUCAUACAGAUGUUUGAAAGCUUUUCCAUGUUUGGCUACCAAAUUUAGGUUGCUUCUUUUUUGGGGGGGGAGUGUGUGUGUGUGUGUGUGUGUGUGUGUUCUGUCAAGAAAGCUGUUGACUCACCAUUAAGUAACCAUGUUAAUGGGGUAUGCUCCGCUCAAGUGGUUGCAGCAGUAGUUUACUCUUCAAAUGCUUCAAAGAAUCUGAAUUUACACAAAUGAACACAUUGCUGCAAUGUCCCAGAAAGCAAGAUUGUGGGUCAUCUGCUUUGAAGGCAUUUUACAAAUUCUCCACUUUUGACCACCUAGACUUUCUAAUACUCCUUUGCUUGGAGUUUUGUUGAAAGAUUUUAUUUAGAACCAGCACCUGCUGUGUGAUGUUCAUGUUCAAGAUGAGCUCUUAGCACUUCCUUGAAGGGCAGAGUGCCCAGACUGGCCGGAGCGCGGCAGCAUCAGGUGACCAUCAUGCUGCGUGGACACAGGAACCCUGAGGCUGCUUGGGAGAGGGGAACAGAGACUGGGCACCCAGACCCCAUCCUCCUGCCACCAGGCCUGUAGUCAUGUGCAGUAACAUUCUAUUUUUGUGAAAAAUCAUCUGUAUUACAGUUGUGUGAAUAUGUGUGGAAGCUGCCAUGACUAGAUUUUAUGUUGCAUCUCAGCAUUGCUCUUUGGAAGUUGAAGUUCCCUUAGGUUCCUGUUUGCAGUAGUAUCUGAGACUGAUACUUUCCAUCAAGCGCUGAAGCCCCUGGAUGACGGAAUGCGACAGGAAGCUGGGUGUGCAGUUUAUCCAAGUACAGCGUUUGAGUCAGGGAUGACCAAGACAUGACAAAACAUGAAGCUCACACUUAGGGUGUGUUUUCUCCUUCAGGAUUCUUCGGUCCGGCUCUGAAUGGCGUAACCCAUCCUGAGAAGACUCAGCUCUGCUUGAGGACACUCACUGGAGCUCUAAGGGGCCCUCGUGUCGGGUGUUUCUGUCCUCGCGUUUCUUUGAGUGGAGGCAGGAGGACGUGUGCAUCAGUCAUAGGAUUUUAAAAAUCUUCUUUCACUUGUGGUAUCCACAAAAGGUGUCUAUCUGAGCUUGUGAGUUUCACUGCAGGGGUCUUUAAGAUACUCGCCUGCUUAUGGGGGUCUGUCAGCUCAGUGGAACUUUCAGAAGAAGUGCUGCUGUAAGGCAGCCAUGGGGCUUACUUUGCUUUAGCUUUGGCAUGGCUUGGUUUUAAAGGAGAACUCGUAUUUAUUAAUGAGUGUGUUACGCUCUUGGUGCUAAGCAGGAGAAUUCACAAUGAUAGCAGUGUGUGCAGAAUUUGGUUAUUUACAAUUCUGAAUCUUUUAAUGUGACAAAUUUGUGAAUCCUGUGACUUUUUACUUAAAAUGCUAUGAUUGCUUUUGGAAACUCAUACUGUUUUUUUCCAGAAAUACGGCUGCUUUUCUUUGAGUUUCCUUGAGUCAUGUUUAUAGUUUUGGUCCUAGCAUUCCAGACCCAUGUGAAAUUGUUACCAGAGAUUGGAGUGUCACCCAGCCAGCCAUUCUCACUGGCAUGAUGUAUUUGCAGUGAGCGUGUGUGUCUUUUUCCUUUUUCAGUGAGUGCUUACGUUUGGGCUUUCUGGUGCCUAGAGUUGCAUUUUCCAGCUUUGAAUAUUAAAGCAAAAGAGAUUAGAGUAGUUCCCUGGGGUGCUCCUGCAGCGCUGUUGGCCUUCUGAAAGCCCACAGAAGGCCUUUCUGUUCCGGUUGCUCCCGUUAGAUGCUGCUUUGGCGCAAGCACCGUGGAUGAAAUGAGGGUGUUACUGGGCGAGGGUUAUGGUCACUUGAGUCUCUUUGCUCUCAAUGGGCUGAAGAUAAAAAAUAAGAGAUAAGGUGUAUGAGGUGACUGACUAUGCAGAAAGUGUCCAAGUUGGAUGUACCUGUUUCAUGUCCUCCUGCUCUGCUUCCCCUCCUGCAGGUCAGUUUCUCAGUGUUCUGGUGUUCUUGAGAAAGACCAUGACUGUUGUAGAGCUGCAUUUCUCCUUUGGUGAGAGAUUGUAGCCUGGCUUGAAUAAGUAGGGGGUAAGAGAAUGUGUGACGUAUGCAGUAGUCACCUCCUUGCUGAAGAGAGCCAUCAGCCUCAUCGUGUUUCGUGUCUUUGAGAGAGAAAUAUUUCUUUAAUCCAGUUUUUAAAUGUUCUUCUGUUCCAGCCUUACAUGUUCAAAAGUUCAGUGCAUUAUGAAUUUUUCCCGCUCUCAUUUUAUUGGUACUUCAUUGUAUAACUAAUGACUUUUAAGAUUUUGAAUGAAUUGUUUUUGUACUUAACCAUUGUAGUCCAAAAAUUAGGGGAAAGGGGCUCACAUGCUUUUGCAGGAAUUUAAAGUUUCAGGGUUCAGAUGGUGACGCACUCCUGAAGCGCAGGCAGUGGAGAAACCUGGACAUCUUUUAACUUGCUUUUUUUCCCUCUGUGUUAAAGGUGAGGCUCCUGUGCUGUCCAAGAAAUUACGGUCACUAUUAGCUGCUUUGCGUAUGAAUAUUUUUAUUUUUCUAUAAAAUAUCCUUAACACAUGAAGAUAUGUAGCAAAAUUAGUUUUAUGCUAUUAAGAUUGGGUUGGUAUGUUUUCUUUUAAAACUUCAGU